AUGCCUGACCGGGAUAGCGCCUACCUGUCAGGUGGUUGCGGUGGGGUGGGUACUAGUGUGGGUGAGGAAGGGGUGCCGGGGUCUGGUUUAGGAGGGGGCACGGGAGAGGGCCGAGGGGGAUCAGCGGGAGGCAGUGGCUCUGGUUCUGGUGCUAUGGGUGGAGUAGGGGCCCUGGGAAAUGGGAACAACUUUGGGGGAGGUGGAGCCGAGGGCCUGGGGUCAGGACCGGCCCCGGACGGAGUCUGCAGGGACUUUCUGAGGAAUGUGUGUAAGAGGGGCAAACGCUGCCGCUUCAAACACCCAGACUUCAACGAGGUGCCGGACCUUGGGGUGCAGAAGAAUGAGUUUGUCUUCUGCCACGACCACCAGAACAAGGAGUGCGUCCGCUCCAACUGUCGCUUCGUCCACGGCUCCAAGGAGGAUGAGGACUACUAUAAGAAGUCAGGGGAGCUGCCCCUCAGGCUGAGAGGGAAAGUGGCUGCAGGACUGGGCCUGUCCCCCAUGGACCUCCCACACAGCCGAGGGGAGGUACCCAUCUGCAGGGACUUCCUAAAGGGAGAGUGCCAGCGGGGCAACAAGUGCAAGUUCCGCCACGUCAAGAAGGACUAUGAGUACGAGCAAGCCAGGGUGGGUGCCGGGGUCGUGAUGGGCCCGGGGGCCAGUGGGAUGGUGAACACAGGCGGGGGGGUAGGAGGGGUUGGGGCGGGUGCUUGCGGGGGCAUGGCCGGACUGGUUGGGGGUGGAGGUGGGGGUAACAUGAUGGGGAUGGGCUGUCCCAGCCUGGGAGGCUGCAGAGAUCCAGGUAUCUCAGGGGUGGGGGGAGUAGGGGUAGGCGGGAUGGGGGGUUGCCUCUCCAUGGGGGCCUCAGGACAGCGUCGUUUUGACAGGGGUCCUUGCUCGGUGUACGACUCCCUGUUUGAGAGUGGUCUGUUUGAGACUGGGCCCCUGGAGUCCCCUUUGGACCACACAAUGCUGCAGCUGAAGAGACGCAGGCUGGAGGGGCUCCGGCUGGACGGGGGUGGAGGGGGGCACUAUGAGCUGGGGAUGCAGGCGGCCCUCCCGCCUCGGCCCCUUGAAUACAGGUUUCUGGAGGAGGAGAAUAACCUACUGAGGAGGAGAGUGGAGGAACUGAAGAAACAGGUCAGUGUAGCAGACAGGAGAUGAUAAUCAAUCCACACAUAAUCAACAACCACACCUAACAAUACAAUGAAUCUAUUAUUAACCUUUUAACUCCUCAAACACCUUGUUAAUCUCUUCUUCAGGUGUCAAACCUCAUGGCCACCAACGAGGUGCUGCUGGAACAGAAUGCCCAGUUCCGGAGCCAGACCAAGGUGUCUGUAAUGACCCUGUCCUCCACCCCAGCCCCCUCUGAGCAGACCUUGGCUCCACCUGUGGGCGCGGUUAGCUCCUACAACCACAGCAUCGCCCAGACCCAUACCACCCUGAGCAGCGCCGGGCUGCAGCCUCGUACCGUCACCCUCACCCAGCAGGACCUAGUGGCCCCCACUGGUGCCCCUACAGUACCCCCAUCCAACACCGCCCCACCCAGUGCUCCCCCGCCCCACCUCAACCCCGAGAUCACCCCGCUCUCAGCCGCCCUUGCUCAGACCAUCGCCCAGAGCAUGGUGCCUCCCGUUUCCAUGGCACCUGUGACUGUUUCCGUGGCACCGGUGGCUGUAUCCAUGGCGCAGCCUCUACCUUGCAUCACUAUAAGCCACGCCACCACCCCAAUGGUAUCCUACCCUAUUGCCAGCCAGAGCAUGAGGAUCACCAACAUACCUCACUGAUGCACUCUCUGGCAAACUCUGUAGAACUCUCCCAUGGAACUAGAGAUGGGGAUGGUAUGCAGAAUGCCAUCUCUCAAGUUUUAAUUGACCCACAGCAGCUGACUGACUCGAGGGGCGAAGUUGUGGGGGAACCCUAAUGCCCACACGCCAUAGGCAGAGAAAAGGCUAAUGUUGAUAGGAUGACUCCGCCACACACACCCUGCUCUGUGGCAGCGUUACAAAGACAGGUGGUCCUCUGAGGUGACCUCUGACCUUGUUAAAGGUUGGUGUGGCAAAGGGACUUCUUCAAACACAGGCAGCAAAAAAACGACAAACUGAAAAUAUGUCAGUCAUGGCGAUAUUCAUAGUUCUUUCACACAUUUGUUUAUGGAUUUUUCUUGUGUAACUUGUCAUUUUGCAGU